AUGACGUUCGAGAACAUGCUGCUUGAUGAUAACGUUCUGCCGCCAGAAGUCGAGAAAGUGUUUCGCCGCGUUCAGAAUAGCGCGCAUUACAUACCGAACUGGCAAAUGGAGGAAGUGAUGACCGCCUCUCUUGGCGAUUCAUGGCGAGAUAAUUCCGUGUUUAUCGAUCCCAUCCCGUUCGCUGCUGCGUCCAUCGGCCAGGUUCACCGCGCGAUUCUCUCAGCGGCUGUCUUGCCCACCGGGAAGAACGAGGCCGUCGCGGUGAAGAUUCAAUUCCCGAAUAUUCGCCAGAGCGUCGAGAGCGAUAUCGGAUACCUCAUGGUGCUCCUCACCGCCGGCCAACUACUGCCAAAGGGGCUGUUUCUGGACAAGACUAUCACCGCCAUGAAGGAAGAGCUCGCCGACGAAUGCGACUACACGCGCGAAGCGAACUUCCUGCGUACCUUCGGUGACGCAGACCACUCGGGGAUCGCCUCCCGCAUCAUCGAGCUCUGCCUCCUCGAGCUCUUCCGCUUCUGUGCCAUGCAGACCGAGCCGAACUGGACGAACUUCCUCUGGAAUGACCGCACGCGCGAAGUCGAGCUCGUCGACUUCGGCGCCACGUGUACAUACUCGGGGCGCUUCAUGGAUAACUGGCUGCGCCUACUGAGCGCCGCCGCGGCUGGCGACCACGACGCCUGCGUUGAGGCCGGUCUCGCGCUCGGAUACCUCACGGGCGAGGAGGAGGACGUCAUGGUUCGCGCGCAUGGGCGCAGCAUGCAGCUACUCGCUACGCCGUUCCGCCAGGAUACGGUCCAGCCGUUUGCGUUUGGACCUGGGAGUGAGUGGACGAGUAUCACGAAGGAGAUUCGGGACCAGAUACAUACCGGUCAUGCUGAAAUACCGACUGACGCCGCCGCCGCGGGAGACGUACUCCCUGAGAAACUGAGCGGGGUCUUCUUACUGGCGUCAAGACUCGGAGCUCGCGUUGACUGUCGUAAGCUCUGGGAGGAGACGACGAAGAACUACGUCUUUGGCAAGGAGUAG